AUGGUUCAAUCCGCUAAUCGAAAGCCACACUGGAUUGAGGCAGCCAGUAGUGCUUUUGCCGUAGCAUCGGCUUUGCCUGUAACCAUGAAUUCGAUGCAGAUAGCAGAUUUAUUUGAGAAGAUGGAAAAUGGCAUAUUCGAGCAAGUACCCCUUAACUCUGACAUCACUUCAAUUAAAAACUCGACUGGAGAGACUCUAUUAAUUGUUGCUGCCCGAGUAAAUAAUAUCUCAGCUGUUAAGCAUUUGGCUCAAGACAAUGACAUCAUAGAUGAGACGGAUAAUGAAGGAUGGAGUGCUCUGCUUAACGCCGCGCAUAAAGGAUACUCUGAUAUCGUCAAUGUUCUAUUAGAAAAUGGAGCUUCUGUCGAUUUGCCAGAUUUGAUGGGAUGGAGCCCUCUUAUGUGGGCAGUGUAUAAGAAUCAACCUGAGGUUGUAGCGGUUUUGCUUAAAUAUAGAGCGCACGUAAAUUUGAUAGAUGAAGAAGACGGCUUAACUCCUCUUAUAGUUGCUUCUGGUAGAGGCUUCACAAAUAUUGUAGAAAAGUUGUUGCAGCAUGAUGCUCAGGUUAAUGCUUGUGAUAAGUUUGGAAGUACAGCUCUUAUUUGGGCUUCCAGGAAGGGACAUUUACCUAUUGUUCAAUUAUUAUUAAACGCUGGAGGAGAAGUUGAUGCUGUUGGAAUGUAUUCAUCAACUGCUCUCAUGCUAGCCACAAGAGGCAACUAUAAUGGAGUUGUUGAUCUUCUUCUCACUCGUGAGCCAAACAUAAAUGUUGUUGACCAAAAUGGUCUUUCUGCGUUGGGAAUCGCUGCUCGUGAAGGCUAUAUAUCUAUCUGUGAAUCGCUAGUUAAUGCGGGUGCAUUCGUGAACCAAUGUGAUAGGUUUGGUAAUUGGAUUAUUACGAGUGCUGUUAGAUCUGGAAGUAUACCUAUUGUGAAAAUGCUGCUUGAUAGGUUCGCAGACGUAAACUGUAAAGAUUCUGAGAUGCGAACACCUCUACAUUUGGCUAUUGAUAAAUCGUUUGUGGAUAUGGUUAAUAUGAUUCUCGAGCGAAAACCUAAUCUUGAGAUCAAAAAUAAGGAUGGCGAAACUCCACUUAUUAGAGCUGUGAAAUCUCGUCAUGUCGCUUUAGUAAUGAUCCUACGUCGAGCUGGAUCAAAACUUUCUCCUGCUGACAUUAAUGGAGAUAAUGCUUUACACUUAGCUUUAAGAGCACGUAGUAGACGAUUGGCUCAAGCACUAUUAGAAAAUGCUCCGGUCAGCGAGAAACGUCUUUUGUAUCGUCCUAAUAAUGUUGGACAAACAGCAUAUUCCAUAGAUAUGGAGAAUCCACAACCAAUAUUGCCACUUCUGUAUGGUCCAAAACAAGCUGAUCAGCAAAUGGACAGUAUGAUGGGAUAUGAUAUAUAUAGUAAUGUCAUAGCCGAUAUAGUAUGUGAACCAUCUCUGUCUUUGCCAUUAACUAUAGGAUUGUAUGCAAAAUGGGGCUCAGGAAAAUCCAUUCUUCUCUCGAAGUUGAAAGAUGCCAUGAUAGCUUUCUCUCGAAGAUGGACAGAGGGUGCUCGUCUCAGACUGUCCUUCUUGUUCAUAUUUUAUGCCAUGUUUUCCUGUAUCAUUCUCACUUCAACUGUAGCAACGUUUGUCGCUAUAAGUGGAAGUCUAGCAUGGUAUAUAGCUGUAUGGGUGAUUGGACUUACUCUAGGGCUUUCCGUCGUAAUCAUAUAUGCUCUCCUGUGGUAUGGAAGUGAACACAAACCUUAUCCGCGCGCCACAUCCGCAGCCUCGAAAGUUGCGAAAGCAUUCAGUCAUGUUCGAUUGCUUUGGAAUGUUUUCACUCUACAUGCCCCUCUUCAAGAAGAGUGCGAUGUGUCUUCCAAUCCUGUUAGCUUCCUUUUCGCCGAUUACCAUAGAUUGUCUUCUAUUGGAGGAGAGCAAGCCCUAACAAAAAUUAUAACAACGUUAAUGGAAGCGGCUGAGCAACACUAUGGAAUUCUUCCUGUGCGAAUGUUCACGGCGAUCCGGAGAACUAAGGCGGGUCAACAUGGAAGUAUUCGACGCAUUCUUGGUUUCCCUCUGAUUCUAUUGGCUGGUUUCACUUUCAUAAUUCUAAUUAUUGGAGAGAGUUUUCUAUCUUACUGGCUUUUUAGCUAUAAGGAUAACACAGAUACUAUUUAUUUAACACUAGGAAUAGCUUUUCUUGCUCUAUAUGGAGCGAUAUGUUUGUAUCCCAUAAGUUUGAUAAUCCGAUACGGAUGGACUAAUAUACCACGAAGACGGGUUAAUAGAUCCGCACAAGUAGUCAGUACUCUCAAGCUAGAGGGUCUGAUGCAAAAUUUACAAAAUGAGGUUGACUUGUUAGCAGAAAUGGUUCGUUCUCUAGAUGCAUUCACUCAAAGUCAAACUAGAUUAGUAGUAAUCGUGGAUGGGUUAGAUAACUGUGAACAAGAACGAAUGGUACAAACUCUCGAUGCUAUUGAACUUCUGUUCUCUGCCAGACAAGAUCGUCCAAUUAUAUCCAUUAUUGCUGUUGAUCCACACAUUAUUAUAUCAGCUAUAAACCAUAACAUGCAGUCGGCCCUUGCAGGAACCGAAUUGACGGGUUAUGAUUAUUUGAAAAAUAUUAUCAAUAUGCCAUUCUUCUUGCAUAACACUGCUCUUCGUCAGCUGCAGAGAACUCUUAAAGAAAAACGAGAAUCUUAUGCGAACUGGAUGGAGAGGUUCCGACGGCAAGAAACAUUCCAUGGAUCACACUUAUCUCUCCGAGAAGCUGACGGUCGGCAGAGUAGAAAACAAACUGUUGUGAACCCCGGUAGAAAUAUUGGUGAAACAUUGACGGACGACUACUUCUCGAAUAUGAAUCCUCGUUCCAUUAGAAGAAUUGUUAACUCCCUCACAUUAUCAGGGCGUCUGAUGAGAGCUUUUGAAAUCGAAUUCUCAUGGCUCUCUCUUGGUCACUGGAUUUCACUAUUAGAGCAAUGGCCAGCUCGUAUGUGUUGGUUGAUUGAUAGAGCUUUAGAUAUUUCUAAUAAUACUGUGACCUUAGCAGAGAUAUAUUUGCAACUCAAAGACACUAUUCCAAAAAAAGAUACUUUAAUAGAGAUUGAUAGAAAUUCUAAUAAUUUUGAGGUUUUCCUCACAUCUGUAGCCAUUCCAUCGUCCGAACAACUCACUGUUGGACAUAUUAAGAAAUUUGUACCAUGUACAAGCAACCUAGAUCCUUAUUUGAGGAAGCUGAUUAGAGAUAAGAGACAAGGGCAAGUUGACCCUAUUGGCGAUAUGGGAUUCGGUUUACUCGUUUUGCCACCAAACGCCCAACACUUGUUCAGAGAUGAAAAUACAUGGUCGACUGUUAAUUGUCCAUUAGUUCAAAUGACCGUUGGCGAAGUGUGUGCACUUUUGAAACAACUUGACAUUUCCAAGGGACGAUUGGAUCGAAUCGUAUCAAAAUUCCAUGAUCUGAAUCUCAGUGGCUUAGUAUUGGCGACAUGUAAUUUGACAGACGUUCGUGAGGCUCUAAAUAUAACUUUGGGCGAUUGGACAAUGAUUCGACUCCUGAUUGAAACAUUGAAAGCUUUCGGAGCAAAUGUGCCUGGAAUAAAAACCGAGAGGAACACUCUAACUUUGAGAGAAGAAGACGAGGGUGAGGAUCAAGAUGAUUUCAAUGACAUAACACCCAAAGCUACUAUGACUUCGUCUUCAAAUUUAGCAGCUGAACAGAAGAGACGAUCACUGGAGGUGACUGACAACGAACAACUGAGUGUUGCUCACAACUGGUUGAUUGAGAAUUGGUCCGGAAUGGAUUUAGUUGAAACAGAAGGAGACAUCGACAAUGAUCAGUGUUCAAAUGCCCCUUCUGUUCGUUUUGAUUGUAACGAUCAUGCUGAGGAAGCGUCUGAUGCAGACAGCACAGAAUCAAGACUGGGUAGUAGUCGUAGGGGAAGCACUGAUAAGCUUUUAGAACCUCCCUCAGUUCCUCUCAGUCGUCACUCCAGCACUAAUGGAAGUAUGGUGCGCGUCAGAAGCUCAUACAGGAAUACAUCUAGGUAUCGGAAGCUCAGUAGGAGUGAGUUGAUGGCCGGAAUACAUAACGAUUCAAUCCACAGCAUGGCCGAAGGUGUGAGCAGCAGAUCCUCGCUUUUGUCGGAUGACGACGACCACCAGCAAACCGUUAUGAGAAGAGAUAAGGAGGAUAAAGAUCGAGCCCUUGAACAGUUAAAAACACUAUUCAAUCAGAGUAAUGAAAGUGGACGCACUUCCCAAAACAACUGA